AUGGCAAAUCUGAACCUAAUUCUGACUUAUGAGUUCUUGGAGCAGAUCACUGCUCAGUCAAAUUUGUAUGCUACACAGGAAAACGACCGAUUAAAUUUAACUGUUGAUGAACUCAGAGCAUUCUUAGAAAUACUUGUUAUUAUGAGAUUCAGUCCAUUACCUAGUGUUAGACUGUUUUGGAGUAAUGACAGAAAAUUUUACAACAGUAGAGUUGCACGAGUGAUGCCUGUAAAACGUUUCUUGAAAAUUAUGAGAUUUUUACACUUAAAUGACAAUUACAAAAUACCAAAAAAGGGUGAAAUUGGAUUUGAACGAUUAUACAAGUUCAUACCUAUGUUGGAUCACCACAACAGUUGUUUCAAGAAGUUGUUCCAUCCUGCCAGAUAUUUGUCAGUUGAUGAAUCUAUGGUAGGAUUCAAAGGAAGACGUUCCUUGGAACAGUAUAUGCCAAAUAAACCAAUUAAAAGAGGUUUUAAAAUCUAG